AACAAAAAUUAAAAAAAAAUAACAACAAAAAAACCGCAAGGUGGUUUUGGUUUUUUUUUUUUGUCUUGAUCUGGAGAGAUGGAGGUCUCCAAGUGGGAGGACGAGGAUGGAGAUUUUCCUGCUUUGGACAGUAUUUUAAGUGAAGAUCAUGAUCAGGACGAAUUCUACCGGGAAUUGUAUGACCCUGAAUUUGAAGAAGGGGAAAAUGAGGGAAAGGAUUCAAAAGGACAAGGGGACCAAACGGAAAGUGCUGAAAGCCAGAGUCAAAUAUCUUCUGAACAUUCAAGACAAUUGACUUCCAAGCUACCCCAGUUCCCUCUUCGCUGGGAGCCACGUGAAAGUGAAGGUGAAAAGACUUCAGUCAGGGAAAGGGAUCCACGAAGCAGGACCGAGUCUUCCGCAGCAGAAGGUUCCCCGAGAAUCAGGCAGGGCAGCAGAUGCAACCUUUCUUCCACAGAGGAAGCAAGCUCUGAAGAAUAUGACCCUGAGACAGGCAGCGGGGACUCUACGGAAGAGCACGAGGAGCAGGGAGACUGCGGAAGGACGGAGGCGGAAGGAAUGGAAGGAGAGGAAGAGUGGCAUGCUGAAGGAAUGGAAGGAGAGGAAGGGUGGCAUGCUGAAGGAAUGGAAGGAGAGGAGGAGUGGCACGCUGAAGGAAAAGAAGAAGACCACAGAGGGGAGGAAGAUGAGCAAGAGGAGAGAGAGCAGGCAGAGAGAAGCAACUCUGAUACCGAAGGAGGUGCAGCCAGCCACUCUUCUUCGGAGACUGCACUUUUCACAGAAGGGCCAGUCACAUCUGGUUCUGCCACAGAUGGGUCGGAUGUGAAAAACCAGGGGAGGAGCAGAGCCAGAGGCAUCGCUUCAAUUGUUCUUCGUAGAAGCCCAAGUUGUGUGCCAGAAGCAUUGGCACGUUCGGAAAAGCAGCGCAAAAGAAAAUCAUCAUCUUCUGUUGAUGCGCUUGAAAAGGAGCAAACCAGGAGCCUGAAAUAUAUUCUCCGGGACGCAAGAUUCUUCCUCAUGAGGAGUAGCAGCCACGAAAACAUCUCUCUUGCCAAAGCCAGGGCUAUAUGGUCAGCAGCUCCAGCCACGGAAAGACAAUUGAAUGCUGCCUUCAGAUCUGUAAGAAAUGUCAUCUUGAUAUUUUCUGUGAGUGGAAGCAGAGCAUUUCAAGGCUUCGCGAGACUCUCUUCGGAAUCUCGCCACGGAGGAUCGCCCAUACACUGGGUUCUGCCUGAAGGAAUGAGUCCCAGAAGGCUGGCAGGGGUCUUUCAAAUUGACUGGCUUUGCAGGCAUGAAUUGCCCUUCAGCAGGUCUUUUCACCUUACCAAUGCUUUGAAUGAACACAAGCCGGUUAGAAUUGGACGUGAUGGACAGGAAGUGGACCUGGAAUGCGGGACCCAGCUCUGUCUUCUCUUUCCCCGGGAUGAGAGGGUUGACUUGUUUCCGGUCAUGGAGAAAAUGCAUCGCAAGAGAAGAAUGCGUUCACCGUUUCGUUCAAGACGAUGUCCAUGCCGUGGAGAAAGGGUCCCGGACGUGAGGAGAAGAAGGCAUGAGUCAGAAGAGGAUGAUGCUCAUAAGAGCAGAAAGAGACCAACGAUGGACUAUGGCCCUGGGUUUCCUCCCAGCCCGGGGCCUAUGGAGCAUCCAGGCGAUGGGGAAGCGCACAGAAGAUUUUCAGGAGUUCCCAGAGACGUUUUCUUAAACGGGUCCUAUGAUGACUACUUGAGAGCCUUUCACCGGAGGAGGCCACCUCCACCAAGGCAGGGCACCAGCCCGCGUCCAGGAAGAGAAGGGUCUUCCUAUGAUCCUCGCUAUCGGCACCGUGCUCUUCCUUCUCGACAGUCCUUUUCGGGGCAGCAAUCAGGACCACAUGAAGCAAGACACAGAGACAAACGACUAUGUGAUUAUGACAUGCGCGUAGAUGACUUCCUCCGUGAAACUCGAGCUGCCCUCCGUGGUCCAAGAAGUAGAUCCCGUGGAAGACACAGAGACAGGAGAUGUGAGAGUUCCAGAUAUGCCGGGAGACACAGGGAGAGGCAUCAACGCGAGCAGAGGCGAAGAGAAGAGAGGAGAAGAUGAAGGGAAACUGGUGGUGGUGGUGGAGGGUUAUCUGGUUAUGACCCAGGUCUGAAGGGAGACAGGAAGAUGGAGAAGGACCCAAAGCCUCCCCGUGA